CGGUGUGUUUCCUUCACCAACAGAUUCCCCAAUUAGUUUAAAGAAGGCAGUUAAAUUUCACCACCUAAUUGGGAUGAGCCAAUCCUUGCCGGAAGGGAGGAGCUCCCUUUGAAGCCAGUGGAGUAUGAAAAACAGCAGCAGGCAGAUAAGGAGCCACUGCAAACAGGAGAAGGAAGCCUUGCUUUCCCUGCCAUACAACUGAAGCUGAGGGCCUUUCCUCUCAUCAGCUGCAGGUUUCAGCCAUGUGGCUCUACCUGGCUGCCCUGCUGGGGCUUUACUUCCUCCGCCGAUGGUACAAGGAGAGACAGACGGUGGAGAACCUGACGGAGAAAUACGUCCUCAUCACCGGCUGUUCCCGUGGCUUUGGGAACCACCUUGCCAGGCAGCUGGAUGCCCGGGGCCUGCGGGUGUUGGCAACCUGUACCACACAGAAGGGGGCAGAGCAGCUGGAGAAGGUCACCUCAGAGCGCUUGAAAACCACCGUUCUGGAUGUCUCCAGUACAGAGAGCGUUGCGGCAGCGACGGAGUGGGUGAAAGGGUGCAUUGGAAACAAAGGGCUUUGGGGCUUGGUGAACAAUGCCGGCACAGCUCUACCAUCAGGUCCCAACGAAUGGCUGACCAGAGAUGACUUUGCAAAGGUGAUCGAUGUCAACCUCCUUGGGAUGAUUGACGUGACGCUACACAUGCUGCCCCUGGUGAGAAGAGCCAGAGGGAGGGUGGUCAACGUCUCCAGUGUGAGUGGACGCCUGGCCACCUUUGGAGGUGGUUACUGCCCGUCAAAGUUUGCUGUGGAAGCCUUCUCUGACAGCCUGAGGCGAGAGCUCCAUCCUUUUGGAGUCCAAGUCAGCAUUGUUGAACCUGGUGGUUUCCAAACAUCCAUUGUCACACAACCAUUAGAGGGUUCAAAGGCAGUAUGGAACCGAGUGCCGUCUGACAUCAAAGAAGCCUAUGGGGAACAGUACUUGGAGAACUUUUGCAAACUUGUCCAAGAUAGCGCUAAAACUUCCAGCAGCAAGCUUCACCUGGUCAGUGACUGUAUAGAACAUGCCCUGACAUCCUGCCACCCUCGCACUCGCUACUCUCCAGGCUGGGACGCAAAGUUCUUGUACAUUCCUGUCUCUUACUUUCCAACAUCCAUUGCUGACUUCGUGAUAAGCUGCUUUCUGCCCAAACCUGCUCAAGCAGUAUAGAUUGCUUUGAAGAAAAA